UGCAUACCAAUUUACAUUUCUCCCUCACACACACAAAUACACCUCAACAAGACCUUCUUGAUAAGAAAAAAUGGUUUCCACUAGCCAAAAAAAAAUCAUAUUUUCUCUGUUUCUCCUCUUUGCACUUGGUACUAUUACCAAUGUAAUGUCUCGAAAGCUUCAUGAAUUAUCAUCCUUAAAAGAAAGACAUGAACAAUGGAUGAUAAAAUAUGACAAAGUGUAUAAAGAUGAUGCUGAGAAGGAAAAACGUUUCUUGAUAUUCAAGGACAAUGUUGAGUUCAUUGAAUCAUUCAAUGCUGACAAUAGCAAACUUUACAAGCUUAGUGUUAAUCACUUGGCUGAUUUGACCAUUGAAGAAUUUAAGGCUUCACGCAAUGGUUACAAGAAGAGGUCUCAUGAUGAGCUUACAAUAACAUCAUUUAAGUAUGAAAAUGUUACUGGUGUUCCUGAUGAUGUAGAUUGGAGGACAAAAGGAGCUGUCACUCCAAUUAAGGACCAAGGCCAAUGUGGGAGCUGCUGGGCAUUUUCAACUGUGGCUGCAACUGAGGGUAUCAACCAAAUAACAACAGGUAAACUAGUAUCCCUCUCAGAGCAAGAACUAGUGGAUUGUGACACAAAAGGUGAAGACCAAGGUUGUGAAGGAGGACUAAUGGAAAAUGGUUUUGAGUUCAUCAUUAAAAAUGGUGGAAUUACAAGUGAAGCUAAGUACCCAUACAAGGCAGCUGAUGGAAGUUGUAACACAGCUGAAACCACCCCUGUGGCUAAGAUUAAGGGAUAUGAGAAAGUACCUGUUAAUAGUGAGGAUGCACUUCUCAAAGCUGUUGCUUACCAACCAGUAUCAGUUUCUAUUGAUGCUAGUGACUCGAGUUUCAUGUUUUACUCGAGUGGAAUUUAUACAGGAGAAUGUGGAACUGAGUUAGAUCAUGGUGUUACUGCUGUUGGUUAUGGUAGUGCUAAUGGUACUGACUAUUGGCUGGUGAAGAAUUCAUGGGGCACGGUGUGGGGUGAGAAAGGAUACAUAAGAAUGCAAAGAGGCAUUGCUUCUAAGGAAGGUUUAUGUGGCAUUGCCAUGGAUUCCUCUUAUCCAACGGCUUAAAUACUCCAAUUAUGUAAACUUAUAUUUUAAUCAUACUAAAUGUAUAUUGUUUAAAGCAAGUAAUUGAUUACAAGAAAUUUUAAAAUUUCUCUAGUUCA